AUGGCGAGAAGUGCGAGAGCUAGGAGGCAUGUGGCUCGUCAGCUCAAGUCCACCCAUCCCAUUCCUUCAUACCGAUGGAAGGCAAAGGCGAUGAAAAAAUCCAACCGAAAGCAAGCGUCGCCAGCCUUGCAAAAGAUGGACUGGGAAGAUGCCAAUUGCUCUGUGUGCAUGGAAUACCCACAUAACGCCGUGCUCAUCCUCUGUUCAUCCCACGAUAAGGGCUGCCGUCCUUACAUGUGUGGAACUAGCUACCGCCACUCGAAUUGCUUGGAUCAGUUCAAGAAAGCCUACACCAAGGGGGCAUUGCUUGAGGAAGUUCCUGCAAAUAGCAUUGGCACUAAUCUGGAUUCAGCGCCAUUGACUGCAGAAAAAACUGAGUCCAUUGACCUUGCAUGUCCAUUGUGUCGUGGCAAGGUGAAAGGGUGGACAGUGGUAGAACCAGCUCGAAGCUACCUCAAUGGAAAAAGGAGAACAUGCAUGCAGGAUGGUUGCUCAUUUGUGGGGACCUACAAGGAGCUCCGCAAGCAUGUCAAGUUGGAACACCCUCUUGCAAAGCCAAGGGAAGUUGAUCCUGUCCUUGAGCAAAAUUGGAGAUUGCUCGAGAUUGAAAGAGAGCGGCAAGAUGCGCUCAGUACAAUCACUGCAACAAUGGGCAGAGCCGUUGUUCUUGGUGAUUAUGUGCUAGACUUGGAGGAUGGAGUGGACUUGGAGGAUGUUGACAGUGAUGCAGAUGUUGAUGAUGGCCGUGGGACAGAAAACACUCGUAGGAUGCUUCUAUUUAUUAUGCGCCAAGUUGCUCAACAUCAUCAAAACCAAAGGCUUCAGAAUGCGACCGGUGCAUCUGACAAUGCCGAGGACAAUUAUGUGGUGAGCAGUGGUGCCAAUGGAACCACACCAUACUCUUACCCCUUGGAAGGGGAGGACGAGAAUGAUAUGGUUGUGGCCGGAGGCAGAAGCACUGAUGUGCUCAGACCAGAGAGGAGGCGCCGUCGCCGCCGCAGGAACCGUGGAAGAUUAUUUUUAGGUGCUAAUUGA